AUGACAACAGUAGAUAGAGUACCCGAGACGCCACAACAACCUCGUUUGCGGGUCCUUGCCUUGUCCAAGACAGCUGGUUACCGCCACGAGUGCAUCCCUGCCAGCAUCGCCGCUCUACGCGUGCUCGGGGAUCGCACGCGUUUGUUUAACCUGGUGUCCACCGAGGACGCCAGCAUCUUGUCUCCUGAUACCCUCGCUGGCUACGCAACCGUUAUUUUCCUCCACACCACCGGCCCGUUCCUCAACGACGUCCAACUUGCCGCCCUGCAGAGUUAUGUACGCGCCGGUGGUGGCUUCAUCGGUGUCCACGCUGCCGCGAGUGGUAACAAGGAGUCAGAAUGGUAUGGCCGCCUCGUCGGUGCGCACUUUGACUAUCACCCCACCCCAGAGGAGGGAACGCUGGUGAUCGAAGACGCGGGGCAUGAGAUCAUGUCGGGUAACUCAGUUGGUGAGCGGCGGUGGAUGGAUGAGUGGUAUAACUUCAAGACGCACCCACGGGAGAACGCAAACCUGCAUGUGCUGGUGCGCGGCGACACAAGUUCGUUCCAGGGCGGCAAUAUGGGCGACGACCACCCACUGGUGUGGUGUCAGGAGUUUGAAGGCGGUCGGUCAUUUUACACGGCCCUGGGACACUUUGACGAGGCCUAUGAGGAUGAGUGGUUCAUGGGCCAGUUGGAGCGGGCAAUUGUCUGGACAGCAGACGCAGGCAAGAGAGAGACGGAUAAAUAG